AUGAAAAGUGUAUCGAUCAGUUGCUAUUUGGAUCCUAAGGGACAACUUUUGGCAGCAGUUGUUUCUGGCCAUGGAAGAAAUGAGAUCAGAGUUCUUUCGAUAGAAAAAUUGGAACAGCUUGAAUCGAAGAUUGAAUUUCAAGCGGAGGAGAAAGUUCAAUGUGUGAGAUGGAUUCCUCGGGGAAGUACAAAAUCCGUUGGUAAAAACGGCAGCAAAAAGAGAAAGCAAGGUGGUAAGGAGGUGAAAGAAGGAUCUAGUGAGUAUUCUUACCUCAGUAUCUUACUCACUACAGGAGAGAUCUUGGUGUAUUCACCGUUGACCAAAGAGAUUACCAACAAGAUGUCGAACGAAUCACCACUUUCAUGCAUCUGUUAUGGUGGCUCUGAAUCAACCAUUAUUGGGUUCGAUCCAGCAAAUUCCACACUAAAAAAGUACAAUUUGUUUGAUAGCAGACCGUUGGAUACUUCCAGCAUCAAGCUUGAGAAGGACAUAUCAUUCAUAGAGUUAAUCAACGAUAGAGAGCUGGUUUUGGCUUCUUCUAACAUUCAUCUUUACAACGAGGAAGAAGGGCAGACUGUUUUCACCAUACCCGCUCCUAAGGCCCACCAGAGUCCGAUUAGUCAACUAGUGAAAUCUGUUAAGAAUGAUCGUUUAAUAGCUGCAAGCAGAAGUAACGAUUUAACGAUUAACAUAGCGUCGUUAGAUACGGGGAAGCUUACGACUACAUUAAGAUGCCAAGGAAGAGUGAUGUCACUGGCAGUUACACAGUCUAACGGGGUAGAAUUAUUACUGGCCGUUACCGAUAGAGGAUGCGUGGAGAUUUUUAAAGAUGCUUUUGAUCAGAAGAGCAGAAAACAGAUUCGAUGCGAUGCCGUUUUAAAAUCGAGUACAUUUGGAUUCACAGAUAUAGUGGUGGAAGCAACUGGAUAUAGGGCUGUUUAUUUUGAUAACUUCAAGAUCAAGGUGAAGUUGUUGGAGAUAAGUGAUUUGGGUGAACUCGAGGGAGAAGUUGAGGUGGACUUAGCUGAUACUGAAGGGGAUGCCAACGGUGCCAAUGGUGCCAACGGUGCCAGUGUCAACGGUGCUGAUACCAACGGUGCUGCUACCACUACUACCACUACUUCACACAUUGACUCUACAGACUCGGAUAAUUCUCUUCUAGAUUCAAUGCCGGAAAUUGAGGACUUCCAGCAACUUUACGAGCAAAUAGUCAACCAUCUAGACAAUCAUGAAGUACUUGAACCUCUACUAGUCAAGAAUUGUGGUAUUUCUAGAUCUACAACCUACCUAUUUUCCAAUUCUGAGGCCUUAAAACUUGUCAAGAUAAUUGUUUUACUUCUCUCUGAACAGUCAAAAUACUCUGCUGAUUUGGGUAAAUGGCUCAGAUGGUUACUGCUUUGCAAAGGAUCGUUACUUGUGAAAGACAGCGAGUGUGUUGAGUUGCUUAAAUUACUCAAGUCAACCUUGACUGAGAACAUCAAAUUACUACCAAAUCUAAUCUCGUUGCAAGGAAGAUUAUCUCUUUUACAAUCUCAACUCAAACUGAGAGAAGAGAUGAUUCAUAAAGAACAGAUUGAAGAGCAAAAUGAGGAGAAAAUAGAGGCAGAGGCAGAUGCUGAACAAGACGCAAUUGAUGGGUCUGUCGUACUGCAUGGAGAAAAUGACGAAUUGGAGGACGUCAAGGUUGAUAUCAACGACGAAGAAGUUGAGGAUGACGAUUAA